CGGGUUUGGUUGGAUCUUCAUCUGAUUUUGAACUUACUACGAUUUUGGGAAAAAAUAAUUUGGUAAUCAUCUAAAACUGAGACAUGGAUGGAUGACAGUGUUUUGGAAUUUAGCUAAUAAUUAUCAUCAUCAACUCCCUCUUAUUUUCAUUCUUCUUCUUCUUCAUACGCUAGCAUUUAUUAUUCGCAGUGGAUGUUGUUCGAAGUUGUUGUGGAGGAGUAUGAUUGAAUGAAAUCAUUUCCUCUUCUUCUUUUUUUCAUUCAUAUCGUGCAAAAGAAAGAAUUUCCAGUAUGUCUCAGAAACGCAAACUCGAAGAAGAUGAUAAUAGUAGUGGUUCUGAAGAUAAACGCCCAAGAAUUCCUUCUGUAAGAAAUGUGGUACUAGAAGCAGUAAGCACAAAUGCCUUUCAGACGUUCUUCACUUCAUUGGAGCCCUUGAUUCGUGAAGUGGUAAAAGAGGAAGUUGAAAUUGCUCUAGGGAAACAUCUGCUAAGCAUCAAUGACAAUUGCGACAAAGUAAUCAAUCCGCCUAUAUACAGAAACUUACAGCUUAAGUUUAAUGGAAAGCUUUGUCUUCCGGUUUUCACUGGUGCUAGAAUUGAAGGCGAGGAAAAUUCUCUUCUAGGAGUAGUUUUAGUUGACGCUUUCUCUGGGAACAUUGUUAACUCGGGCCCUGAGUCCUUGGCAAAGGUGGAAGUUGUAGUUUUGGAGGGAGAUUUUGAAGGUGAUGAAGCUGAUAACUGGACACUGGAGGAGUUUCAGAAUAAUAUCGUGAAAGAACGGGAAGGAAAGCGACCUCUGCUUAACGGUGAUGCAUUUUUCAGUCUUAUUAAUGGUGUUGGUGUGGUAAAUGAUCUGAUUUUCACUGAUAACUCUAGCUGGACUAGGAGCCGUAAGUUCAAAUUAGGGGCUAGAGUUGUUGAUGAUAAUUGUGAUGGAGUUAGAAUACGAGAAGCAAAAUCUGAAGCAUUCAUGGUCAAAGAUCAUCGUGGAGAAUUAUACAAGAAACACCAUCCUCCAUCUCUGACAGACGAAGUUUGGCGCUUAGAAAAGAUUGGAAAAGAUGGCGCCUUUCACAAGCGGCUUAAUAAGGAGAACAUCAAAACUGUGAAGGAUUUUCUGACAUUACUCAGCUUAGAUUCUCCAAAACUUCGAAAUAUUCUGGGUACAGGGAUGUCUGCUAAGAUGUGGGAAGUCACGGCGGACCAUGCUCGAACAUGUACAGUUGAUAACCGAAUGUAUGUGUACUAUCCUCCCAGUGGACAGCAGGGAACAGGCGUGGUCUUCAAUGUUAUCGGACAUGCUUUGGGGCUAUUUAGUGAACACCAAUUUGUUCCUCUUAACCAGCUUUCAGAUACAGAGAAGGAUAAUGCGCAGAUGCUGGUUAAAAUUGCUUACGAGAACUGGGAGGCAGUAGUGUCAUUGGACAAUAACAACAUUAUUGGUGGCUCUUCAGACUUGCCCAACAUCUCCUGCCCUUCAAGUUCUAUCGCAGUAGAGAGUUCCUACAACUGUGACUUGCCUAAUUCUCAAAGCUCAGUUCAGUUGAACGAUACCCAACCAAGCACAUCCUCUUCAGAUUUUGUUUCGUCUAUGUUCCCCAUGGGAAGUACGAGAACUUCAGAUAAUUACACUUGGCAAGGACUUGACGGCAUGCAAGAUCUUGCAUUUGAGCAUUCUUCAAGCUUGCACACCCAAAUUACCAACUCUGUUAUAUGUAACAUGGAGCCCAUGACCCCUUCCUUCAGCAGUGGAGAUGUCCUUCAGUAUUUUGAUCCUGAGACUACUGUAAAAUCGCAGGACCUGGAAUCUGCUGUCAGCGACUUUAUUGCCAAGGCUGCAUCUCAGUCCAAUGCAGCUGCAGUUGGUAAAGCUAAGACUAGAUGGACAAUGCUUUGUUGUGUGCUAAGAUGGAGAUUUUCAAUAAGGAGAAUCUUGGCAUCCAAGAAAAUUGAAACCGAGGCAAGAGGUAUGAGUAGAUACGGAAAACCAGUUAUGCCAGGGUGAUUGAAUAGGGUUCUUAAGUUGAAUAUCUUUCAAGUUCCUGUCAGUAAAGCUAAUUGGAAAACAAGCGAUCCUGCCCGAAUUUAAAUCUCUGUGUGCAGUUGUGAAGUUGUAGGAAAAUAGAUUAGGUUUAGCAUUAGUAGUAGGUUGUAUGAAAUGCGGAUAUUUAGCUUGAGACUUGUAAGGUCUCCUUCUGCCUGUUUUGGAAGACAUCCAAAAUGUACAUUCAUGAGUUAUUCUGUAUGUAUCAGGAAUAAUGCAUGGCUGGUAGCCAAUGCAAUGCUUCACCUGAAGUUUCUAUGGAUAAGUUUUUUUUUUUUUUUUUUUU